CAAAACUAUCCGGUUGUCUUUUUUUACAGUGUUGAUAAUCUAAAAAUGAAAAUGACAGCUGGCCAUGUCGUAUGAUCUUAUUGAAAUUAUUUAUUUACGUGGUGAAUAUGUGAAAGUUAGGAAAAGGGAAGUUUAAUAGGUAGACUAGUAGAGAAAACGAUGAGUGCCUUGACAAUACUGGCUGAGGAGUGUGAGCUGCUGAAUGAUUCCAAGUACCGGUCGUACAUCACUCAGGUAGAGAAGGCCCUCAAGAGCUUUGAGUACACCAGCGAGUGGGCGGAUCUAAUUUCUGCUCUCGGGAAGCUGAAUAAGGUACUAGUUGGUCACACAAAGUACCCAGUUAUUCCCAAGAGAGUGACGAUAGGGAAGAGGCUGGCUCAGUGUUUACACCCUGCUCUGCCCAGUGGGGUCCAUCUCAAGGCCCUAGAAACCUAUGACAUCAUCUUCAAAUGUAUUGGGACUCAGAGGCUAGCCCAAGAUCUGUUCAUCUACAGUGCAGGGUUGUUCCCCUUACUUGGGCAUGCUGCCAUGGGGGUGAAGCCCGUGUUACUAACGGUGUAUGAGCGACACUUUGUGAGCCUGGGGAAGCAUAUAAAGCCCGGGCUGAAUGGGCUGUUACUGGGCUUGCUGCCCGGUCUGGAGGAGGGCUCGGAACUCCUGGACAGGACCGUUGGUCUGUUGGAUGAUUUCUGUCAGGCUGCGGGACAUGAAUACUUCUAUACCUGUCUGUGGGAGUGUGUGAAGUCGUGCCCCAGCGUGCGUCUCCCCGCCACCACCUUCCUCCUGUGUCACUACAACAAGAAACAGAGCAUGGAGGACCAGCUCUACAUGAUGGGACUCAACAUAGACCUCAUGGUGGAGGCUGUUUGUGGUGCCAUACAGGACACAAAUGUCUUGGUUCAGCGGAGCCUCCUAGACUUCAUGAUGCUGGCUUUCCCGAUGCACAACGACCAGCUCACACGGGCGGACAUGUCCAAAAUAGUACUAGCGGUAGUGAAUGUGGUCCUGAGGCGUGACAUGUCCCUAAACCGCAGACUGUACUCAUGGCUCCUGGGGUCAAAUGUCACAAACAUGGCCGCCCUGAACAUUCCGGCCGAGUUCUCCCGGCACCAGACGGGGGGAGACAGUGUAUCCACGUCCAGUGAGACCGACCUCGGAUACUUCUACACCUUCUCCAAGGAUCUCCUGAUUCAGGCCCUGAAACAGAAGCUGUCCGACACGGAGGAUGAAGAGGGGGACGGUAGGGAGGGAACCAAGCUCGGGGUGCUGCGACCAUUCAGGAUCCUGAUGAGCUUACUGGACAAGCCCGAGAUAGGUCCUGUGAUACUGGAGAGUGUAUUACUGGCAGUGUUCCGCUGUCUCUACCGCGAGUGUGGCAGCUACACCAAGAGACGCCAGGAGCGGAGGGAGGGGGGCGUGUCCAGUAAGUCAUGGAAGCUGGAGGAGGAGCGAGAUGAGCGCACUCAGAGUGAGCUCAUCAAGACCUCCAACCUGCUGUUUGGAGCCUUCGAGCCGUAUUUUAUCUGGGACUAUGUGGCCAGGAUGUUUGAGGCGUCCUGUCAGAAGUGUGUGAGCUCUAAGCGAGUCCGGCGAACUAAUUCUGUUCAGGAGACGGACAUCCCGGCCCUCCCCGAGCUGUGCACGCUUGUCGAGUACCUGCUGGACAUCAUAUCUCUGGAAACAUUCCUGGAGACUCAAACAGACCAUCUGCCCGACCUCCUGUUCCGCAUCACUAACACCAUGACCUCGUACUGCGGGGACAUCAGCGAGGGGGAUAUGUCCUGUACCAUACAUCUGUGUUCCAAACUCCUGUCCAAAGUGCAGCCCCCAAUGAAUGCCAUCGAUAAUAAUCUAGACGAGUCUGAGAUCACUCCUGAUUUUCCCGAUGAAGUAAAUUUACAAGACAUUCAGAGGCUUCAGGAAUCAACAGAACUGGAGAAGGAAAACCAAAGUGGUGAGGAAACAAAGAAACAGACACAUGAACAAAGUGAGGACACUGACCAUCCAACAGAGGGGCACUUGUCCUCGGGCCCCACCCAGCGGUCAAUGAAACGACAGCGCUCCCGUUACCCUCUCAACAUGAUGCAGGCCUGCGUGGAGUGCUACCAGAACUUCUUUCACAUGUACUCCACAACCAAGGUGCUACAGAGUGAGGAAAUAGCACGGCAGUGCAUGGAAAGAUUGGUCUGUCCUCAGGAGGGCAUGAGGAGUGAGGAGUCAGACUCUGUGCUAGAUACUGCAUCAGAGUACAGUUUCGAGGACCACGUUCCUUCUGCCAUUGACCAGUCAAAUUAUCAGACUCUUGUCCCAGCAGACAGAUUGUCAGAAGAUGUGAUCACAACAUUUAAACAUGCAUGCAAACUUCUGUCAGAGUUUUCCAACUUUCCCAUCUACUGUACCGACUUUCAGAAGGCACUGAAAAGAUCACAAAGUAAUGCUGAGGACGAGAAUCUCCCCCGGUGGCUCUGUGAUUUGAUGACGUGUAACAUUGCGGUAGAAAACUUUGACAUCCAGACUACGACCAUAGGGAUUGUAAUGGAGCUGAUACAGCUGACUCGCUCUGUUGGAUCGGACGACCCAGAUCACUCAACCGUAGACCACUCCCCGACUGGAGGCACAGUGUCCGUGAUGAUUCUACCUGCUCUACUGCCUCGUCACCUGAAGUACCUGAACGGGAAUACAGUCUUCUAUAAGGUGAUAGCGGAGAUCCUGUGGGAAUUCCUGGACAGUUCGUGUCCAGAGCAUCACCAACAGACGGUUAGGCUGUUCCACAACCUGCAUCAAGUGGCCCCGAGCUCCUGGGUGUGUGAGGAUGUGAUUGGUCGAUAUCUGGUCACAGACAAUCAGGUUGAGAAGAUAGAGGCCUUCAAGAGAUUCGCUGUCUUGUGGCACCUGACCCGCAACAUCAGGGACCACAUCUCUCCCUCGGGGUCAGCCCGGAAGUUUGACAGGUCAAUGUUUGUGGUGUUGGACAGUCUGAGAGAGGAGGACAGUGCCGUGAAAUCCGUGGCUACAAACUGGCUGACCCACCUCCUACAGCGGGGGGAUAUCGGGCGGAUACUGGACCCCAUACUGCACAUGCUGCUGCACCCUGACACUGCCAGGGUGUCUGUCCAGCAUGUCAACAUACAUACGCCCCGUAAAGUCCAUCUGUCUGAAUCGUCAGAGGAAGGUUCGGAGGCUCAGAUCUAUGCAAUAAGCAGCGAGGGAGGGAACAUCAUCUACCACGUGUCGAGUGAAGGCCGAAAAAUAACCGGGAGAAAAGCCGAAAACCUGAAACAAAUCGCCCUGGUGAUGGGAGAACACGGCUCAACGUCACUGACGCCACAUGACCAAGAACUCCAUUUUGAAAGAGUCCGGCCAGACGAUCUAAACCUGCGAAUAAAUCCAUGGGGAUCGGAGAGUUCGUUGGAUCGAUUCGAUGGAUUUGAUCAGUCAACUCCCACUCAACAAGCAAACCUCACAAAUGCCAAAAGAUUAGAUAAAGAAACCUGUUAUAAGGAAGGGAUUUAUUUUGGCAAUGAGGGAGAAGAACCGACAGAGGAUGAGAAGGACAGUGCUCUGUCCUCGCUAGAGGCCGCUGGCUGGGUCAUUGACAUUGUAAUGGACCAAGUGUUUGAUCAAACAAUGGUAGAAGAGAACAAGCAGAUGACAGAGAGUGCCACUGAACAGAAGCCAUUAGAGAGGACAGAGAGUGUGACAAGCAGUGAACUACAGGACCAGGACAUUCUGAACAACAUAGAGAGGAGAGGGCUGGAAAUGGACUCACCCACAGGAAGUGAACUGGACCUGUCCAAAGCCACUCUCAGGGAGGACAAGGUUAAAACAGACAUCCACACACUCCACAUGCACAUGCUUCUAUACACACAGAGGUAUGACAGCAAGAGGACAUUGUAUGCUUUGGAAAUGCUCAAAUCUAUGCUGCAGACAUGCCCCCGGCUGUUAGUGACAGCAUUGGUGACGACUAGCAUCAGUUCUGUGCGGACCAGACAUCUAGCGAAAAUACAGACCCUCCUUGCCAGGCACAGAAAAUCUAUCUUUGGGAAGAAUUUCUUUGGAGAACUCCCAUCGGAAGUUCUGUCCAGUUACAGAAGCAAUAUGUUCAUAGAGGUCAUGAUCUCAAUUUGUCUGUACUUUAUCCGCAGCUAUUUCCCAAACCUGAUGAUGAGCAAGUUAUCAGUAGAAGAACUGAACUGUAAUAAGGAGGUUCAUAUCCUAGCAACAGAGGUUUUAACGUGUCUUCUCUCUGAGCUGAUUGCUAUCAUGAAAGACAGUGGGAAAAGCCUGAUGUCGUAUAUCAAGGACUUGUUAAGUCGCUGUAAACUCCAGAAAGCAGUUCUCUACAGCUGCUUGGCCUCCGUCUACAACUCCAGAGUUAAGGAUCCAUGUCAGAGUUCAUCCAACAUCACAGAGGCCAUUAUUCUGUUUAACGAGGAGAACCUAGAUCCGUCUUCCAAUGAAACAUUCCAGAUCAAGCUGCUCAACCUGAUGCUGGUCAUGAUCAUGUUGGAGCACAACGUGCAGAAAAUCCAAAAAGAGAAUGAGGCUGCCGCUCCUCCGUCACAAGAUACGGAAAAACAGGGCGUGAGUUUGCAUCAGUCGAUGAUGAAUGUUAAAUUCAGUGCAGGACAGGCGGUUGUGCAGCAGCAGAUGUUUGUGUCCUGUGUUCUCAGUGCUUUAAAACAGCAACACAUGGCGCACAUGCAUAGACACUGGGUCGCCAUGGUAACAUCAAGUCUUCCGUAUAUGGGGAAGUCACUGCCCAAUAUCGUGUUGGUGGUGACAUCACAGCUGUGUAAAAAUCUAGAAAUCUUAGCUACGUCAUAUAAACAAGAGGAUAGUGGCUCCAAGGAAAGUACCCGACGGAGGUGUCUGCCGGUGGACCACCUCGUGAGUGUCCUGGAGGGGCUGACCACACUGUGUCAUUUCUGUCUGCUGGACAGCGUAGCCCCUGUCUCCGUGGGCCUACAGACCCCCAGUCUGAACACUGUUACCAUGGAGACCAGCAGUGCUGGACAGAUCCUGAACAAUCUGAUCAAUGUGUUCAACCCGUCCACUAACUCCAGGGAGGUGAGUCCAGCGCGUGAAUCAACUCCAGCCCCAGUGAUGGAAGCACGUCGCGGUCUACUGAGCAUCAUGCCGCGUAUCAUCGCCUGCAUGACCUCGCUUUGGCGAGCAGUGAAUGUAGAUGAGGAUUCCAGCAAUGUUCUGGAGAGUAACACUUGGAUCAUGGGCCGACCUAAGGUGAUCAGACAAUGUAUCCUCAGUUUCCUGAGCCCCCUGUCUCUCCCUCAUGGAAUCCACCUCCUGGGAGCAGUGGGCGUCGCCUGGAAUGACCGUCGGAAGAAAACCACGCCAACCAAUAAAAAGGUCUCCCCGUGUGAGGACCAGCUUUUACUGGUGGACCUGAUCAGUGCAAUAAAGGUGCUGCCGACGGACACACUAGUACAGACCGUCAACAAGGUCCUGAAGCAGCCGCCUCAGACAGAGAUCGCCAAAAAUAAGAAGAGUGUACCACUGGAGGUGAACAUCCUGCAGUUCUUUUACUCCUAUGUACAGCAGACACCAGUGACCUCAUUGAUGGACUCCUGGGGGUCCUUCCUGACACUGCUAAGGGAAGGAAUGCAGCUUAACCUCUCCCCACCUGGAAAAUUCCUUCUGUUUCAGAUCCUGUGUGAGUUUGUACAGAAGAUUCCUCAAAUAGAGGAGAAGAAGAGUCAGAAAGAGCUACAGGAACUGUCUCAGCGAAUCCUGGAGAUGGUCGGCCUGAUCGCCGGGUCGUCCCUGGAACAGACCACUUGGCUGAGGCGGAACCUGGCGGUGAAACAGACUCCACAGAUAGCCGGCUCGGAAAUUGACGACGAGUCAGAGACGGACCAGGAGAUGAUGGAGAGGAAGGUGGCCGACCCCAAACAGAUCAGUGCCCUGGACUCAAAGUACAGCGUACAGGCCCUCUCACUGCUGGCCGAGCUGACGGCGCCACUGUUGGACGUUAUAUACAGCAGUGAGGAGAAAGACAAAGUGGCCCCAUUCCUGUCUACUCUACUGUACAAUGUGUUCCCAUAUCUGAGAAACCACAGUUUUCCCAACAUUCCAAGUUUCCGGGCCUGUUCCCAGAUCCUGUCGUCAGUGAGCGGGUACCAGUACACACGUAAAGCGUGGCGACGGGAAGCCCUCGACCUUCUCCUGGACCCCGCCUUCUUCCAGAUGGACGUGCGGUGCCUGGGAUUCUGGCGGACCGUGGUGGACAACCUGAUGACCCACGAUAAAACCACGUUCAAGGACCUGAUGAGUCGGGUGAGCAUCACACAGUCCGGUUCUCUCAACCUGUUCAGUUCCAAGGAGCAGGAGUUAGAGCAGCGUGCCCAGAUGUUGAAGAGGUUGGCCUUCACCAUCUUCUGUAGUGAGCCGGACCAGUACCAGAAGUCCAUGCCGGACAUUCAGGAGCGAUUAGCGGAGUCCCUGAGGGUGCCCCACCAAGCUCCCUCCAUCAUGGCUCAGGUGUUCCUGUGUGUGCGGGUCCUGAUCCUCAGAAUGUCAUGCCAUCAGCUGACUUCUCUCUGGCCAACUGUCAUCACAGAAAUGGUUCAGGUCUUUAUGCAGAUUGAGCAGGAACUGUCCAACGACACGGAUGAAUUCAACGUGUAUUUACGUAGCAAGAGCAGGACUCAGAUAGCUCGGAUAGCGGCCCUGGACUCGAGCUGGGCUCACCUUGGUAAUGGACUGAACGCCCACAACAACCCGGCCUGGCUACAGCUCUACCUGAGUGUGUGUAAGCUCCUGGAUCUGGCCCUGGCCCUGCCUGCCGAUGUGGUGCCCCAGUUCCAGCUUUACCGCUGGGCCUUCAUUGGUGGGGCGGCUGCCGGGAAUGACAAUGACGACAGUGAGGAGGAGGAAGAAGAGGAGGAAGAGAAGAAGGACAAGAAGAAGAAAAAGAAGAAGAAGAGACCUAAGUUUGUUCCCCACAUUAUUCGCCUGACUCGACUCAUCAAUGAACGGGUUGGUGGUGCCACACCCAUUAUGAAACAGAUUCCAGGGAGGCCACUCCUGACCCAGACUCACCUUAAGUCCCUGUCGGAGUUACAGCCCUUCUUUAACACUCUGUGUCAUGCUGGGCCCUCUGAUGGUGACUAUGUGGUCGGGAAACAAAAGCCAGGUCAGUACGGGGCUCAGAACGGCGUGGGUCAAGGUCAUAGAAAGGGGAUUCCCAAAUCCAAGUCUUUCCCAGCAAAGAUAGACAAGUGCCAGAGGACGGACAGUCAGUUAGGCGCCCAGCAGAAAACCCACAGGCAGAUUAUAGAGGAGCUUGUGGGCAGGGAUUUCCUGGAACCCUGUCCCCUCCACUGAGGGGGACACUGAGAGCCCCAAGGUCAUUGAAUGGAGGGUCCCAAGGUCAUUGAAUGUUGUCAAAUCGGCAGGUGAUCUACUUCAAGGGAGACAAACCUGAAAAGGGAUUCACUCGUUACAACAGGAGAUGAUGUGGAUAUAAAGACCAUAACGGAAGCUUUAAUUAGACAUUAACUUAAAGGUGCUAAAUGUAUGUUUUCUCAACACAACUCGAAGCAGCCUACUGAACAAGCGUUUACCUGAUAUAUCUCUGUGGUGAAGGACUCUGUAGUUAAGUGGGGUGUGUGAAGGACUCUGUAGUUAAGUGGGGUGUGUGAAGGACUCUGUAGUUAAGUGGGGUGUGUGAAGGACUCUGUAGUUAAGUGGGGUGUGUGAAGGACUCUAUAGUUAAGUGGGGUAUGUGAAGGACUCUGUAGUUAAGUGGGGUGUGUGAAGGACUCUGUAGUUAAGUGGGGUGUGUGAAGGACUCUGUAGUUAAGUGGGGUGUAUGAAGGACUCUGUAAUUAAGUGGGGUGUGUGAAGGACUCUGUAGUUAAGUGGGGUGUGUGAAGGACUCUGUAGUUAGGUGGGGUGUGUGAAGGACUCUGUAGUUAAGUGGGGUGUUAUAGCAGUGUUUUGUAAAGACCACAUGCUUAACCUAUUUACAGGUCAUGCAGCAGUGCCCAUAAAAAAACCCCCACAUAUUUGACCUAUUUUAUUUUAAUUGCAUCAGUGCUAUUAUAAUAGAUCAUGUGCUUUACUUUUAUUCAAUAUAACAAGACACAUUUUCUGUGAUGAAUUUAGUGGGUAGAUGAUUUUUCCUGGAACUUUUGGAUCUCAAACUAGUCAUAUCAUGUUAUGUGCAAUUUUUAUUAUAUGUACAUAUGCUUUACUUCUCAUAAUUCAUUUAUAUACCAGUGCGCUGACAAACAUAAUUCGAUAUAAAAGUGCCACACGUUAAUAGAUACAAACUUGAAAUAGACUUACUACAUGGUGAGUGCAAUUAACUGCUGAAGGUCAAUGUUUGUAAAUUAUCAAUUUACGAGUUGAUGAAGAGAUUGCUUCAAGAAUAGGUGAUUUUGUCAACACUUUUUGAUUACCAUUUCAUACCUGAAAUCUUCAUGGCAACAUACUGGCAAUUUCAUGAAUUUCCAAGUGUCUUACUGGUAUAUGUUUUUCUUAAUGCAUGAAUUCCCAGUCUUAGGCCAGCACAUGCUCUAUUCCGGCGUGGAAUCUUUACCAGUAAUUGGACAGUAGUAAGCUAUACACCUGUGUAUAUGUAUCAUAAUUACAGGUACAGGAUAAACACAUGUAUGUUACUGUGUUCUGGUUUUGAAUGUCCUUCUUGUAACUUUGCUUUAUUAUUAUUUUGUCGACAACUUUACCACAGAAGGUGUGAAGUUAAAAUAAAUGAAGCAUAAGUUAAAUUAUAGAAACUUAUCAAUAUUUGAGUCGUAUACAUCCAUAAGAUUUAGAUAUGAAUUACAGCACUUGUAUGAAUCAUAAUUAAUGGAAAGGUACAUUUAUAUAAAAAUAGCUCAAGGUUUUGAGCAUCAGGUAUAUGAGCUUCAUUGUUACUCUUUACUGGCCACGCAGUAAUUGUGAGUGGCGGCCAUUUACAGAUGUCCUUCUUCAUGUACCAGUGAUAUUUUCUAGUUACAGUAAAACACGGUUAUAACGAACACGCUUAUAAUGAAUUGAUGCUUACAGCAAAGUGAUUUUCAUUCUGUGUGACUUUAUUACAUAUUGUUAACUUGACGGAUACACUGUAUAACGAAUUAUGCUUAUAUUAAAGCAAAAUUGCUUGUCCCUGGCACUUUGUUCUAAGCGUGUUUUAAGGGAGACAAAGAAUUUGGUUCUUAAAUAUUAUUUCAUUAUGUUUUUUUUUUGGGGGGGGGGGGGGGGGGAGACUAGUGUGUUGUUAUCCGAUAGUUGAUUUCUUGCCAACAGAUGGAUUAUCAGGUCUCUGUAUAAUGAGAUAAAUAGGAGUAAUGUUCGGUUUCCUGGCAGAACUUAUCAAUGGUUCCUUCUAUAAGAGAUUGAACACACCUGUAGUGUCUUUUAUUAAGCGCUUUAUUUCACACAGCUUUGACUACCAGUUUGUUUUUGCUGUUUGCUUUUUAAAAUGAAUACUGUCUAUUGUACAUUACAUUUUUAUUUCAGCAAGUUUAGGUUAAAUUAAAGCUUCUUUGUGGCAGCUUUUCUUUCUUUUGCAAUUAUGACUUCUUUUGUCAUUUUGUAUUGGGAAUUUUUAUGAUUGACCAAAAAUCAAAACAAAGAUAGAGGAAUAGAUGACAUAGUUUAGGGGUUUUUUUAUUACCGAACCGUUCAUUUUUAAGUCUAAAGUUAUAAAUUGUGAUUGUUAAACUAGUGUAUUAAAUAAGUUUAACAAGGUUUUGAUUUUUCGCUGGACUGGCAAUAUUAUGUUAUAAUUGUUGACCUGUAAGCUUUGAUUUGAAUUGAACAAUUGUGUGAACUGUACCUGUAAUUCAUGCAAGUAAAAUGGAUAGAGACGAGGCCAUAUCGAUACUGUAUAUAUAUAUAUAAUAUAUUUCUCAUUAAAUGACACACAAAAACUAAUCCAGUGUUUGUUAGUGGGAGGUGGCAUUAGACAGUGAGAUAAUUAUUGUUCUUCUAUAGGCUGUAUCAGCAGUUAGUUUUUGUGAAUGCAUAAUAUGAACACUUGAGUCGUUUAUCCUGCAAGUGAUGUAAUUAGCUGUGUGUUUGUUUAUAGCAUCUGCAUUGUUCACAGUGUUCAGAUCUUGCAGACUUUAUGGUGAAAGAGGUGUUAAUAAUUAGAUUGUAUUGUUAAUUAUUAUUUUAAAUUUAAACUGUGAUAUCAAAAUGAUAUGUUUCAUUUGAAAUAAAAUUCAUAUAAAGCAA